AUGAAACUUUCUCCUUUUUUGGCAAUUUUUGCAGGAUCCAGCAGCGCUGACCCCCUUGAGUUUUGGGGAGAGAGCAAUCUCUUCGCUUACCAAAUUCGGGAGUCGAUUCCCAAGAAUGGACUCGCCAAUCGCUUCAUCAAAAAGUACGAUGAAGUUAGAGAAGUCGCGAGAUACUACCAAAGCAGCGGAAUCUGUGCCUCCGGAGUGACUAGCCCGACUUACGAACCGGUCAGCUUCGAUGCUAUUUUUGACAGAAAAGCAAGCCCGAGCGCGAAUAUUGCAGCUCUUAGUGACCUCUUAGAUCAAUGGAUCCAGUCAUACGCAUGCGUUGAAGACGCAAAUGUUUUUGAGAUGGUCCGACAAGCUCUCUCCGACAUCGUCACGAUCGGGCGAAAGAACAUCAACCGGGACCAAGACGUUUCCUUCCAUCUCUCUGACGACCUGAUGACCUACGAUCAAGCUCGAGCCUACUGUUUCAGCCAGGAUAUGUGGCUUGCUAGUCCCGCGAACUUCGGUCAGCAAGAAGGCAUCAUGUCUAGUGAGUAUACCAACAAAUUCGUCUGGUUCGACUCUUGGAAAGCAAACGAGGGUGAGUGCUGGUACCAAAACUCCUGGUUUGAAAUCAACGAGAACGGAAACGGAGUGAGCGGACUCAAUGAGGGCGCUACAGACUGUAACAACAAGUACCAUGCAGUUUGCGAGAGUGGCCAAAUCUACGAAAAAGCGUGUCUGACGUUCAAAAAAGCUCCCUACGGCGAGACAGAAUUCGUGGACGCUCAAGCAUACUGCAAUCUAGCAGGCGGUUAUCUUCCAUUCUUCAACAACAAGAAAGAACUUAACGAGUUCAACUCUCAAGUCACAACUAGACAAAUGAUUGGACUUGUACGAGACACCAAACUUGCCAGCGGCUGGGCUACAAGGACUGGCGAAGAGGCUUCCUUUUUCUCAUGGCGACGUGGAGAGCCGAAUAACGCUGGCGGACACGAAGACUGCGUCGCAACUGCAAGCGACACUGAUCUUUUGUGGAACGACAUUCCCUGUGGAUACCCUUACGCCCUCGAUUUCUCAUGCAGAUUCGAUAGAACCGUACAUGUCUGGGACUCCUGUCCGAUCCACGAGAUGCCCGAGCGUCCACCAUGCUACGACCCAUGCGACGGAUUUGAAAACUGCCAAACAUUUGUCGAUAGCUGCCCGAUCGCCCCAACCGACAACAAUCUCAUCGCCACCGUUGAUGAUCCAACGAUCAACUUCGAAGUGACGGUCGACGUUUGGUUCCCUUUUGCCCCUGGUGUUAAUAGCGACUACUUCCAAAUCUUCCGAAUGGGAACGGGAAGUCGCCAGGGCAAUUUCGGCGAUCGCUUCUUUGGAAUGUGGCUGAAUAAACGCAAGAGCAACCAGUAUCAGAUUCAGAUGAACGCAGUGCAAUCGCUCUCAAGUAUCCCUGGCUACUUCACAAAGACAAUGGUUAGCGAUAUUGAUAGCUCAGAAAUGCAGCGAUGGUCAACCUUCAAGUACUCUCAAAGUCCUCACGAGACCGAUAACACGAAGACAACUUCAAAACUCUUCAAAGACGGUGUGCUCAUGGCCGAAUUCGAUCAAAAUACUGCAGAUAUUGAGAUUGAUCAACCUCUCUAUGUCUGGGUUAGUGAUCCGUGGUACAGUCCAGCUUCAGAAUACCGCGUCAAAAACUUUUCAAUGAAAAAGUUUCCAUCAACACCACUUGAAAACGUCGCGAGUAUCAUCGUCUCUUCCGGACAAAACAGCGGUGUAAUUCAACGAUUUGACUGGGAUGGAGAAAGUCUCGGCGAAGGAAGGGUCGUUGGAGAUGUUGGAGACUACAAACAACUGAUGCGACCACUUCUCUUCCCGUUCAGCAUGGUCGACGAAUGUGGACUCAUUGAGACAACAAGUGACCCUGUUGGUGCUUUCAGCCAAAUUGAUGAUAAAUGGGGUCUGGAAGGUGGAUGGCUUCAGCGAAUUGCUUCUACUUUUUUCAGUGAUGGAACACAAGUUGAUCUUGACUUCCGUACUCCACCACCAGCUGACGAAGGAAACAUGGGUCGGCUCUUUGCUACUCAACUCGGAAAAGUCAAUGGAGAAUACUACGUUUUCGGAGGUUUCAAAGCCCAUUAUGCCAUCUACUCCGUAGACGGUUGUGAAAUGAAAGAACUACCAGUGAAACUCAAGACACAAAUUGGAGUGUACGGUCCCGAAGUUCGUACUCUUGUCCAAGCAGAUGGAAAUGAAAAAGCUUAUAUUUGCUUCACAGACUCUGAAUAUCGAGGCUGCGAUACAUUCGAUGGAACCGAGGUCGUCACUUCACCCUAUCAGAGUAAUACAUACCGGCGCGACGCUUCUAUUGCUAAUUACCGCGACGGCCUCCUCGCUUUUGGUGGAACAAAAUACACCGACCUGGAUUGGGAUUACAAUAAGUCUUCUGAGAUCUUCACAUCGGAAGACGGCUUCGUCCCGACAACGGACUUAAUCUUCGGAAUGGCGUACAUGACCUCAGCAACAAUCGGCGGCGAUCGAGUCUUUUCUUUCGGCGGAAGAGUUGAUGUGAGCGAUGCGACUUCAGCCCCCGUAAGUGACCAAGUCUUCAUGUAUUACGAGGGCGUUUGGUCUGAUUUGGGACCGAUGAUGGUUGCAAAGAACUGGCGAAUUAGUGCCAUUGUUUUUGACUACAGUCUACCCCGAAUCGCUGAACCCGAUUGCGAUGAAGACGACCCUGAUUGCUGA